AUGUAUGUUUAUGUAGCGUAGCAUGGUACACUUUUGUGAAGAGAAUUAUUACUUCCAUGUUUUGUGAUUUCUGCAUCUAUACAUGGUUUGGAUAGGAUCUGUACCCUUUGUAUUGAAUUUUGUUCUUUCAAACCUUCCAGUAUUUCGCGGUCCCUGUCACUGCAUACACUUUUUUACAUCUGUUUCUAUUUUGACUGUAUUUUUCAUAUGGCAUUAUGUCUGGUUCCCAGUUAUUUUGGCUCGUGAUAUGUACUGCAAAAUGUUUUUCAUCUUUUAAGCUUUCUUGUCAGCUAUUUUGGUUCAUAGCUUAUCUACUGAGCGCAAACCAUUGCAAUGGAUUCUCUUAUAAACUUGUUCACUGUUCAUGUCAAUUUAAAUCUUAUAUAGCACAUAGGAAAUCUUUUUCAUGAAACAGAAUGCUGAAUAAUCCACCAUUAUAUAACAAAUAUGAAGUACGACUCUUGAGAUAGGGAUAACAUCCUUACAUUUUCUCUUUUUCCAUCAAAUACAUGGCUUAUUAACCAGAAAUCACUGAUCGUUUAGUCUGCUUUAACUUCCCUUUUAUGUUCGGAGUUUGGGCAAUAUUGGGUUGGCUAUCAAUGGCUUAACACCUUCAUCGUUUACUGGGGCUUGGUACCGGCUGUGACAAGCUCUCAGUGGACAUUUUCAAACAAUCAUCUAUGUGUAUAUAUUUUAAACUAGAUAUAUGCUCUUGAUGUACAAAGGCAAAGUUUGAACCAGGACCUUGUGUUUCAAGAUUUGAAAGUAGCUCAAUUUUUCAGUCUCCUCUCUCUUUAGAAAUGUCAUCUGUAGAUGUAGACUUCUUUACAGAAUAUGGCGAAGGGAGUAGAUACAGAAUAGAGGAAGUGAUUGGUAAAGGAAGCUAUGGUGUUGUUUGCUCUGCUUAUGAUACACGCACAGGAGAGAAGGUUGCAAUAAAGAAAAUCAACGACAUAUUUGAACACGUUUCUGAUGCCACCCGCAUUCUUCGUGAGAUCAAGCUUCUUAGACUCUUACGCCAUCCUGAUAUUGUGGAGAUCAAGCAUAUUUUAUUACCUCCUUCUAGUAGGGAAUUCAAAGAUAUAUAUGUUGUAUUUGAGCUUAUGGAAUCUGAUUUACAUCAGGUCAUCAAAGCAAAUGAUGAUUUGACUGCAGAGCAUUAUCAGUUUUUUCUCUAUCAGCUUCUUCGAGGCUUGAAGUAUAUACACACAGCAAAUGUUUUUCACCGAGAUCUGAAGCCAAAAAAUAUUUUAGCAAAUUCUGACUGCAAACUGAAGAUUUGUGACUUUGGUCUUGCCAGAGUGGCUUUCAAUGAUACACCAACUGCUAUAUUUUGGACAGAUUAUGUUGCUACACGGUGGUAUAGGGCUCCUGAAUUGUGUGGAUCCUUUUUCUCCAAGUAUACCCCAGCUAUAGACAUAUGGAGCAUUGGCUGCAUUUUCGCAGAACUUUUAACUGGGAAACCUCUUUUCCCAGGGAAGAAUGUUGUCCAUCAAUUGGACCUCAUGACUGAUUUUCUUGGAACACCCUCUCCUGAAGCCAUUGCUAGGGUACGGAAUGAGAAAGCUCGAAGAUACUUGAGUAGUAUGCGCAAGAAAAAGCCGGUGCCUUUCUCUCAAAAGUUUCCCAAUGUAGAUCCCCUUGCUCUUCGGGUUUUAGAAAGAAUGCUGGCAUUUGAACCUAAGGAUCGACCUACUGCUGAAGAGGCUCUAGCAGAUCCAUAUUUUAAAGGCCUGGCCAAAGUUGAGAGAGAGCCUUGUUCUCAGCCAGUUACCAAGAUGGAGUUUGAAUUUGAGAGACGUAGGAUAACAAAGGAAGACGUGCGAGAGCUUAUAUACCGAGAGAUUCUGGAGUACCAUCCAAAGAUGUUAAAAGAACAUUUAGACGGAGAAGAGCCAACAGGAUUCAUGUAUCCAAGUGCCGUGGACCAUUUCAAAAAACAAUUUGCAUAUCUUGAGGAGCAAUAUGGAAAAGGUGGAACUGUUACUCCACCUGAGAGGCAACAUGCAUCAUUACCCAGGCCAUGUGUGUUGUAUUCAGAUAACGAAAAGCAAAAUAUGGCAGUGGUUGCGGAUGAUCUCUCCAAGUGUAGGAUCAGAGAAGUUGAGAAGCCAGCCAUAGACAAGAACGGUGGUAUCCCAAUGACCAGGCUUCCUUUACAAGCUCCUCAAAAUAUUCAAGGUGUUGCUGCACGUCCAGGAAAAGUUGUAGGUUCAGUACUGCGUCACAACAACAGAGGGGUGGCAGUGACAACUGAGACUGAGCAGCGGAAGACGGGUAAAAACCCAUCUGUUUCAGCCAAGUAUGCUGCUCAAAGCUGUUCUUAUCCAAGAAGAAACCCAAACUGUAAAAUUGAGAGGGCAGUUGAAGGAAUUGAAGGUGCUAAUGGACUUCAGACAAAGCCUCAAUAUCUAGCACGCAAAGUUGCUGCUGCACAAGGGGGACCUGGUGGUAAUUGGUAUUGAUUUUGGAAAUGUUGAAUCUAUGCCCUGCAAUUGCUUUGUGCCAUCAUAUUAGGGUUUGUUGUUCACACACAACCAGAUCAAUCAAUCAUCUGAAUUGAACAAAGAUAAGAGUGGCCAUAGCAUCAACAACAUCAAAAUUUGAGAGAGCUAAAGGGAUUAUAAUCUAAAGAAGUCUCCAGCUGAUGUUUUAUUAGAUCUUGCAAUUUGCUUCACCAAUUUGAAGUUUGGAAGGUUAAAAAUGGGGGAAUUCUUUCUGUCUAGUUCGUUGCCAACAGAGAAGGAAUGAUCUGAAAAACAUGGAAUUGGAGGCAAUGCACUUGCAGAAUAUAAAUGAUUUGUAUUGUCAAACAAUCACAUCUUUCUCUGUUUCUUCAUGUCAGGUUUGAGGCUGGCUCUCUUCCAAUCUAUACCUUCUCUUUUUAGUUUCUGACUAGAUCAGGAAGACUUUGAAUAAUUAUUUGUAUCCUUAAUUGUUAAUUGAAUGAAAUAUCGUAAACUGUUUAAAUUUAA